AUGGCAGCUCCAGCGCAUACCUACGGCCCAGCCUGCCUCCUUUACGAACCACCAGAACAGAGACAGACCCGCCCAGAUCCGAACACAGAAAUCCUGAAGCCUCCGAAGAUACGAGUGCAGUACUUUUACCUCUCGUCGUUGCCCAUUGACGACCCGCUGACGGCGGUUCCAAUUCCGUCAGGCACCGCCGACGCUUCCAAAUUACCACCUAGACCGUUUUCAGUGCAUGAUAAUAUUGCUCUCGAAAAAGCAUGGCAGAGUCUGCGGAGUGUAGGUGAAGAGGAAUCACAUAAGGAUCGAGAUGAGAUUGAGGACGGGUUGCGAUCAAGUCGCAGAUUGACUGUCCGCGGGAAAAAGAAGGAGGAAACGGCGAGUCAAACCUCGGAUCCCAGAGGGACACCAGAAACUGUGGUGGGGCUGUCUUCAAGCUUUCCCGCACGGCAAACUGGUGGUGGGAGUUCCGAUAACGAUGACUUCCAGGAGGGGAAUUCCUUUAAUGGCCUCAAGGAUGACGAAGAUGAUUCCAAUGCCAAUAGGCGGAUGGCGCGGGAACGAGGCUCUUCUAACGCUUCUGAGCUCGGCAGCUUUCGAAAGCGGCGUAGUCUGCCCAUUGAUCGAAAAUCGAAGGCAUCAAGGCGGAAUAGGCAUUCGUCUCCGGGCGGUUACGAAGAUGGCUCCGAGGAAGGAAGCGGGCGUUCGAGUCCACAAAUCAUCAGACAUUCUGAUGACACGAACAUUAGUGGGUCUCCGUUUAUCAGAGCACCUAUUCGGGAUCGAGAAAAUCGUCGGCCGACUCCAACGCUCAGGUUAAGUAAGGACUCUAUAGACACAAACUUUAUGCGCGGCCAAAUGGCGGCUUCUCCGAAUGCAGACGGUGACAAGAGACAAGACGGUGAUAAGUCUGAGGAUUUGGAGAACACCGAACCUGAAAUCACAGUGACAGUCGGGGCAUCACGGCUUCAUCUCGUUGAGUUUCCUAAGUUGGAGAUGAAACCUAUUUAUUGGAGCCCAGUUCAUGAUAUAUCCCGGGUUGUCAGAGCCACCUGGUUCUACAAAAACUCGAUGCUUCCUGUGGACCCUGAGGUUGCUAAUCAACUAGAAGCUGGAUAUAUGUACUUGAAGCCGUGGACAGAGACGUGGCAAGAUGAAUUAAACAGCUGCGUUGAAAAUGGAGCAGAAGCGGAAAUGAAAAUUGUUCACAAGCUCUGGCCUUCGGAGAAUCCGAAAACACCCACGAGACCAGCUAGCCAGCUUGGUUCAGAGGCGGGAGCGUCUGUGAGUAGUAACAAAAGUCACCAUUUUCGAGAAAAUUAUGCAGCCGGCGCUAUAUCCUCUCCCGAAGCUAGCGUAAAGCUGUUCAAGAACUCCAGUGUGGUGUAUGUUGAUUCCAAGGAGGCUCAGCUACUCCGGCCAAGUUUGUUGCCAUCAGUUUCCAGCGGCCGGCGACCUUUGAGUGCUAUUCGGAAAGGGAGACAGAUCGGAAUCGCUGUUGUUCGAGGAUUCGACCGCCUAGGAUGGGAUAAACUUCAUCCUCCAAAACUUGUUUCAACAAAUGUACGGAAUUUUAUGAAGAUGCAUCAAGCCGCAACGAGAGCGGCAAGUUCUCGUCGACAGAUUUGUUAUGCUUGCCAGAUGGAAGAGAGACAGCCAGGGGUUGGGGAUCUAGUUUUUGUGAUUCAUGGGAUUGGCCAAAAGUUAUCGGAAAGAGUCGAAAGCUUCCAUUUUACGCAUGCUAUCAACUCGUUUCGAAGACAGGUCAAUAUUGAACUCAAUAACAAUUCGGUAUGGCCCAAUAUGCGUCCGGACUUGGAGAACAUUAUGGUCCUUCCUAUUAAUUGGCGCUCAACCCUUUCUCUUGAAGACACGGACGUCGAAGAGGCGAUUGAGGACCAGCCAAAUGCGAAUCGUUUCUCGCUCAAAGACAUUACCCCUGAAACUAUUCCGGCUGUUCGAAAUCUAAUCAGCGAUGUGAUGCUUGAUGUCCCAUAUUACCUCUCACACCACAAACAGAAGAUGGUCCGCGCCGUCAUCAAGGAAGCCAACAGAGUGUAUAGGCUUUGGUGUCAGAAUAACCCGGGUUUCCAGAGGAAGGGGAGGGUACACAUCAUAGCCCAUUCACUCGGAAGCAUCAUGUCAAUGGAUAUUCUCAGCCAGCAGCCAACGCGAUUGCCGUAUAUUGACUUCUCCAAGACCGAAAUAAAUGAGACGAUUUUUGAAUUCGAUACUAAGAAUCUUUUUUUCUGCGGUAGCCCUGCUGGGUUCUUUUUACUGCUCCACAAGGCAAGCCUAUUACCGCGCAGAUAUCGAGACAAGCCCGAUUGUGAUGAGCAUGAUGUUGCCGAUCCUGGCCUCACUGGCGAGUCGGGGGCUUAUGGGUGUUUGGCAGUUGAUAAUCUCUACAAUGUCAUGCAUGAAACCGAUCGUAAGCGACUGCCCUUGAGUCUUGAAUUCCCCAUGCUAACUGUGACCUAG